CUGUCUGAGGCGGGACUAGCGCUUCGGUUAAAGGACAGCUCUUUCAGUCAAUGAACGGACAGCAUCAGUGGCUUCCUCCUGGCGGAGGACGCCGGAAGUCGGAUUUCUGGUGCGGUGCGGAAGGCCACUACAAGAGUAAACCCUGGGAUCAGGUUCUUGAUCUUCCACAAUGGGUGAACCACAGCAAGUGAGUGCCCUUCCACCACCUCCAAUGCAAUACAUCAAAGAGUAUACAGAUGAAAACAUUCAGGAAGGCCUAGCUCCUAGGCCUCCACCUCCAAUAAAAGACAGUUAUAUGAUGUUUGGCAACCAGUUCCAGUGUGAUGAUCUUAUCAUCCGCCCUUUAGAGAGUCAGGGCAUUGAACGACUUCAUCCUAUGCAGUUUGAUCACAAGAAAGAACUCAGAAAACUCAAUAUGUCUAUCCUUAUUAAUUUCUUAGACCUCUUAGAUAUCUUGAUAAGGAGCCCUGGGAGUAUAAAAAGAGAAGAAAAGCUAGAAGACCUUAAGCUGCUUUUUGUACAUGUCCAUCAUCUCAUAAAUGAAUACCGACCCCACCAAGCAAGAGAGACCUUGAGAGUCAUGAUGGAGGUGCAGAAACGUCAACGCCUUGAAACAGCUGAGAGGUUUCAAAAGCAUCUGGAACGAGUCAUUGAAAUGAUUCAAAAUUGCUUGGCAUCUUUGCCUGAUGAUUUGCCUCAUUCAGAAGCGGGGAUGAGAGUAAAAAGUGAACCGAUGGAUGCUGAUGAUAGCAACAAUUGUAUUGGACAGAGUGAACAACAAAGAGAAAAUUCAGGUCAUCGAAGAGAUCAGAUUAUAGAGAAAGAUGCUGCCUUGUGUGUUCUAAUUGAUGAGAUGAAUGAAAGACCGUGAAAGAUGUUUGUCUUUUUUUUCCUUUCAGUAAAUAGCAUCAUAUAGUAGUUAAUUUGCUCUAGGAGAAUCUUAAAAGAGAUAUAACUAGUAGUUAUAUAAAUGGCUUCACUCUCCAACAAUUUUCUCAGUUAUGAGAUUUCCCAGGCAGUAAUUUCACUUUAUGCCAAGCAUAGGCAUGGAUGGCUAUGUUAAGAUUAAUCAACUUAAUCAAAGUACUGCUGUUGUGUGGAACAUUCCUGUUUUUGGAGUUGCAGUAAACGUUGAAGAUAAUCCUCAGUAAUAGCAAGCUUUCAUUCUUGAAAAGUAGAUCUGUUAUUUGUUUUAAGAAUGAUAGAUAAAUAAAGAAUAUCAAGCUGUAUAAAUGUGAAAUUAUGAAAUUUAAAUUUUGUUUAAAAAUCUGCUUAAUCUCUAAAGUAUCAUAACAUGUUAAAAGAGAGGAACUCCAUAGAGUUAUAAAACAGCAAUUUUAUUUUUCCUCUUGACUGCCCCUGUAAACAAGCAAUAUCUCAGCCUCUUGCCUUUAUCCUGGAUAGGUCUUAUGACUUUUUUCAGUCAUUAAGUUUUUUGAUCCCUUUUGGUUAUAAACAUUCAUUUUAGUAAUUAAAAUGUUUAUAUAAUUAGCUAUACAUUUCCUUUAAAGUUAAACUCAGAUUUGCUUAAGGCUAGAAGCCUGCAAUGGGAAGGGGGUUUGGUGGCAGAAACUAUUAGAUGUUCACUGGAGAUUCUUUCUCCCCUCAGAUGUUGCUGAAAUAAGGCUGCCUUGCCAUGGACUACAUGUCUCCACUCCCCUUGCAUCUAUGGAAGGCCAUGUGACUGAGUUCUUAGCCGUGGAAUAUGGGUGUAGAAAUCCAGGCCUGCCCCAUACUUGGAUGAUCCUCUAUUCUCAUCCACUGGUUGGAUGGCCACACCCAGGACCACUUUGGAAGCCAUCUUGAAGAUGGUAAAGAUUAUCAGUUUGGAUCCUUGAAUGACUGAGGACUAGGCCUCCUUUUCAUUAACUGUAACCUCCGCAUCCCCAGCUGAUUUGACUUUAUGUGGGCAAGAAUUGGCCUUGUUUUAAUCACUGAGAUUUUAUUUCUGUGUUUUUUUAUGCCCUCCAACUUCACCACCAAAGUCUUGGUAGAGAGUCUGCUUUGUAUAUGAGGCUCUCUGUUGGCCUUUCUGUUAAUGUAGGCCAAUGGCUCUCAAAGUGUAGUCCUGAACCAGCAGCAUCAGAAUCACUUGGGAAUUUGUUAGAAAUGCAGAUUCUUAGGCUUCACCCUAGAAAUACUAAAACGCUAGGGGUCGUGCCCAACAAGAUAUUGUUUAACAAGCCCUCAGGUGUUUCUGAUGCACACUCAAAAUUUAAGAAUCACUGAUAAGGUAAUGCCUUUUCCCAGAUGUUCACUUUGAUUCUUCACUCAGUCCCUGGUUUCCAGUAUAUCAUCCUUAAGAAAUUUGCUCUGUUAGGGUCUCCAGCCCUAGAGUUAACAAAGACCAUUUUAAAGUGGCCACAGGUCAACUCUGUAUGUGAAACACUCAUCCUUUUUUUCAGAAAUAGGAGUGUAGACUGUUCCCAAGUAGAUCCUCUCUAUUAGAUAAACAGCUAGUUUGCAAGUCUGAUUUUUUUCUGGUAUGUGUUUGGUGUAGAUCUUUGGGCUCCAGAGACUCCAGAGGACACAGUCCAGUCUCUCUUAAGCUUCAGUUGAGUGGGGAGGGGAGCCCCUCCAUUUGGGGGAGCAAGCGAGACAUUGUGUAACACUCGAGCAACUCUCCAAACAUGUCUUUAUUUCUUUGACCUCAACCCUUUUAUAUCCUUGAGGAUAUUGAGCUAAGAGGUACAAAACCAAUUUUUGGCUGCUGUGUGGGAAAAAAACAUUGAAACAAUGUUGCUCAAGAGUCACAACAUUUGUAUAUGAAUUUGUGUGUUGGGAGAGAAGCGAUUAAAAUUCUAAGAAUCUUAAAUUGUGACUGAGAGGAUUGGAUCUUGCUAGUCUUUUAAAAAAAGUUUUGAUGUGUACUAUUAUAGUGGAAUGAAGGAGCACUAGUGGGCUGAUAGUCACAAGCUUAGAAGUUUUAUAUAAAGUCUUCCAAUCUUGGGAAGGUUAAAAUAACCUCUCUGCACACCUGUUUAUAAUGAAUAUUCCUGAUAGGUUGAUUCCUCAAAGUGAAAUGCCUGGGUACCCUUUAAAAUUACCAAUCUAGGCCCCAAACUACAGAGAUUAUUUCCUUGUUCUGAAGUGGGGCCUUGGCAUUGGUUUUAAGAAUCUCUAGAUUACUGUGCAGUGGGUUAAAGGAAUGUUGUUAGUCUGUACUCUCCUCUUGAACUAAUUUAAUAAAAAAGAUGAAUUUGUUGAUA